AUGUCCUCUCGGGAAUUUGACCACCAUAGAAAGACCCCCGAGUAUUAUACCCCGGCCAGAGGCAACAACAUCAUGCAGGGAAUUGACCACACUGCAGAGAACUCUGGGGAUUAUGACCCAACCAGAAGCAUCAUGCUCUCGCAGGAAGUAGACCUCAUUGCAGAGAACACCAUAAAUUAUGACCAGACCAAAAACGACAUGCUCGCGCACGAACUUAGCCACAUUGGAGAGAACCCCAAGACGGCUGCUAAUGCGCACCUAACCUCCUUGCCGGACGAUGAUGAGCACACCAUCAAAUGCAUAUGCAUUUAUGCAGACGACGAUGGGAAUACUCUCUGCUGCUCAAAGUGCUCUGGGAGAGGCAUUGAACGUUUGGCGUGA